AUGGCAGUCCCUCCGCAUAACAACCUUGCUGACGACCGCAGCCAGGACUCCUUGGACGCUGCGGAGAAGGGACUCUGUGACAGCUCUUUAGAGUCUGUUGCCCCUCCACCUUUUGUCUAUGUAGACCAGAGCAAGGAGUUACACAUCGACACCAAACCCGUACCUCUGUCACCUGCCUCCCCAGUUCACCAGGGAAUCACCCCUUUCUCCUCCGUACCGGAGCUUUCUCUACAAUGGCCACCCGGUCGCCGGCCCACGGACGCGAACAAGUUGGAGACUGUAGAGAAGAAGAAGCCCCUACCGGCAGAGAAACCAAAACCUAAGAUCAGCCGAUGGAUCCUUUUCGACCUGUGGUUUAACACGUACCGGAAGUUCUUCACAUUCGUCACGCUACUCAACCUGACCGGGAUCAUCUUGGCAGCUUUGGGCAAGUUUCCCUAUGCAGAAAAUCAUCUGGGAGCUCUUGUUCUGGGUAACUUGCUCUGUGCUAUUAUGGUACGGAAUGAACUGUUCAUGCGCUUUCUCUACAUGGUUGCUAUAUACGGCCUUCGUAGUUGGGCGCCACUACGGAUCAAGUAUGCGGCCACUUCGGUCUUGCAACACGUUGGAGGCAUCCACUCAGGAUGCGCACUUUCUGGUGCUGGUUGGCUAGUGUAUAAGAUCGUUGACAUUAUCCGAUAUCGGGCCAUUCAGCACCCUGGUGUGAUUGCCAGCGGCAUUAUCACCAACGUAUUCAUUAUCAUUUCAGUUCUUUCCGCAUUUCCCUGGGUUCGAAACACAUACCACAAUGUCUUUGAAAAGCAUCAUCGUUUUAUUGGAUGGCUAGGGCUGGCUACGACGUGGAUGUUUGUCGUCAUGGGUAACGUUUACGAUAUCAAGCUCGGCGAGUGGAGAUCAGAUGCGCACACGCUAUUGAGUGCGCAAGAACUUUGGUUCGCCGUCUUCAUGACGAUUUUCAUCCUCAUUCCCUGGGUAACACUCCGAGAGGUUCCCGUCGAAGUAGAAAUUCCCAGUCCAAAGGUCGCCGUUCUCAAGUUCAAACGGGGCAUGCAGCAAGGUCUGCUUGGAAGAAUCAGCCGUACUUCAGUGAUGGAGUACCACGCGUUUGGCAUCAUCAGUGAGGGUCGGAAAGCCGAUUGCCACUACAUGAUUUGCGGUGUCCAGGGCGACUUCACGCGGAAGCUAGUCGAAAAGCCGCCCACGACCAUUUGGACACGAGAGCUGAAGUUUGCUGGCGUAGGGCAUGCCUCCGCAAUGUUCAACAGAGGCAUCCGUAUUUGCACGGGAACCGGCAUCGGCGCAGCCUUAUCCACUUGCAUCCAGAGUAAAAAUUGGUUCCUAAUCUGGAUUGGUUCGGAUCAGGAGAAAACCUUCGGUCCGACAAUAACCGGCCUGAUUCGAAAGCACAUUGAGCCGGAAAGGAUGAUCCUGUGGGAUUCCAAGAAACGAGGCGGGCGACCAGAUACAAUGGCGCUUCUGAAGGAUACGUGGGUUAGAUUCAAUGCCGAGGUUAUUUUCAUCACAAGCAAUAUGCAAGGGAAUGACGAGAUGAUGCAAGGCUGCCGAGCGGCGGGACUGCAUGCAUUCGGCACCUUGUGGGAUUUCUAG